CAACAGAGGCAAGAUGGCGGCCCCCAGUAACGCCGAUCGUUCUCCUGAUCUAUCGGUGCCGCUGAAGAUUCCCAAAACUGAGGUUCCUUCCCCGGAAUCCGAGGAUCUGAGUGACAGCAACCAAUACCAUUCCAACCCCUCCACCCCUAACAGAUUCUCUCCUCUGAACGUCGGGGUUUCGCUGUCUGGGGGCGCAGGCCGGAGUGGAUCGGCCUCUGCCUCUAACAGCUUCACCGCUUGCCGAGGCAUGUCAUGGACGCCGUCUGAAACAAACGCGCUGAUCGCCGUGUGGGGCAACGAGCGGCUGGCGGAGGCGCGGAUGCAGCAGCUGGAGGUGGCCGGGACGGUGUUUUCUGGCAAGGCGCCGGGACCCGCGAUGUACGAGCGGGUGUCCAGAGCGCUGUCAGAGCUGGGUUACGAACGGACCCCAUCCCAGUGUCGAGAGAGGAUGAAGACGCUGAGACGUUGUUAUAGCCGGGUAAAGGAACAUGGCAUUGGGAAGAGGAAGAGCAGUUACUCCUUCGAGCAGCUGGAGAAAGUGUUCGGGCAGGGCGGCUGGGACUCUCAAAGCUGUCAGCCUGUGCUGAUCAACAGCAGCGGGCUCUACCAGGAGAUGGAGUCAGACGGAAGCACUAUGGAGGACUACUCUCAGGAAGACUGGUGUAAUCAGGACCUUUCUGCUGCCUUCAAUGAGGGAGACCUAGAAACAGAGGACAGCCAGCUUCCAAAAACCAGAGUUCUUCAGAUACGACUGGAGCCAUCUGAGCACGCUCAACGCCAGGAAGUGAUGCAGAAUGUGAUGCGUAUCCUGGAAUCAGUGGAGGUCAAAUGGGAGCACUUCCAGACGUGGACUGACUUCUCCCGUCUCCACCUGUCCAAUAAGCUGGCCAUCUUCGGAGUGGGCUACAACACGCGGUGGCGAGAGGAGAUCCGCUACCACUACGCAGAAAUCAGCUCACAGGUUCCCCUGGGAAAACGACUGCGGGAAUACUUCAACCCUGAGAAGGCCGAGGGCAGGGUUAUCAUGACCAAGGUGCAGAAGAUGAACUGGAAAAAUGUGUAUUAUAAAUUCCUAGACAUCACUAUUAGUGAAGCUCGCUGUUUGGAGCUCCACAUGGAAGUGGAGUGGAUCCCGAUCGCACAGACGAGGGCGGCAGGGUGCAGCAACGGCUCCCAGUACCUUCUCCCAGGGGGCAUCCCAAAAACAUAUGGCCUGUAUGCAAUAGGCUAUGAGGAGAUGAGUGGAUCCAAUUCUUCGCCUAGCACAGAGGACAAGUCUUCCCCCUCACAGGAAGAAGAGGAGACGGACCAUUGUGAGAAUUUGGAGAAGGACAAGAGGCCAUCAGCCAAAGUCACUUACAGUUACCUCGGCAUUGCAGAGGAAAGGACGCUACAGCAGUGUCUCUUCCAGCACUUUCAGACUUCAGGCAAACACUACACCCGAGGGGAGCCUUCGGCUGUAACCAGGUUCCUGCAGGACAACUGCACCGGCCAGACCAAGGAGGGCAUCCUCUCUGGAUUACACAUUUACAUUAAGUUCAUUGAGGUGGAGCUGGACUUUCUCUCCGCCGGGUCUUUAGUGGAAUGUUUAGAGACUGCGAUCGGUUAUUCGUUAAAGUUUAACAAGAAGGAUGCACUGUAGCCAAUUACAUUUGCCAAUGAAUCUACCGUAUUUUCCGGACUAUAAGUCGCACUUUUUUUCAUAGUUUGGCUGGUCCUGUGACUUAUAAUCAGGUGCGACUUAUUUAUCAAAAUUAAUUUGACAUAAACCGAGAGAAAUGAACCAAGAGAAAUGAACCAAUAGAAAACAUUACCGUCUCCAGCCGCGAGAGGGCGCUCUUAUGCUGCUCAGUGCUCCUGUAGUCUACACUAAGCAGCAUAGAGCGCCCUCUCGCGGCUGGAGACGGUAAUGUUUUCUCUUGGUUCUUGGUUCUAAAUAAAUGCGACUUAUAGUCCAAUGCAUAUGUUUUUUUCCUCAUCAUGACGUAUUUUUGGACUGAUGCGACUUAUACUCAGGUGCGACUUAUAGUCCGAAAAAUACGGUAUUUAAAGCCAGGAUUUUGAAAUGUAAACUUGAACUUAAAGUAUAUAUGUGGUAUGUCAGGCACAGUGUGUUCCAAAAGGGGUCAUGUAGUCUCCUUUGCAGUAAUUGUCUCUAUCAGGGAGCGUAAACGGGAGCAAGCUGCCUUUAUUUAAACCUCUCGAGAUCCAAACGCAGGAACUGUUUGAGGGGGGGAAAAAAUCCUUAAGGAGAACUCUUAAUUAAUCUAAGUAUAAAGUCUAUCUAUAUAGAAGUUUAAAUAUAUAUAUUUAAGAGUAUAUAUUGAUAUUGUCAAGCAUUCCAGCAUUUCCAUUUAUAGCAUUCAAAGAAUGUUUUUCAUAAAGCGUUUAUCAAUGUUUGGUUUUUAUUUGUGAGUUCACACAGUGUCUUUAUGUAUGAUUGUUUCCAGGUCACAGUCUUGUUUACAUGUUUGGAAGGACAAAAAAUAAAUCGAUGAAAUGACGUGCUGUUCAUUCACUUUCUGAUUUUAAAUUCAUGCGUUUUAGGUUUUUAUUUAUCCAGACCUUUCGGUAUUAAAAUAUUAUAAUUAAAAGUUUCUUGAAGUCCCUUAUAUACACAUUAAGUCAUGGCAUGUCAAAUGUAAAAUUAAGAUAGGCCUACAUUGAACUAUAAGAAUAUGAAGUCUUGUUUUCAGAGAAAUUUAACAAAAUUAAGUUGAAACAAGAAUAAACAUCUGUCA